CAGGGCGCGCCGCGGCGCGGGAGCGGAGCGGAGCCGGCGGCGGGUGAAAGACGGGCUGCUGGAGAGGGAUGUUAGGUCUGAGGCUGUCCCAAUGCCAGCCCCUGCCCCGCAGCCUGCUCGGCGCAGUAAGUAACCUUAACUGGGAGCUUGCUGUUACUUUAAAUAAGAGCUCUUCUUGCCUCGCGCUGUAAGCAGUCUGCUGGAAGAAGACCUGGAGAAAGAUGUGCUAAAGGGUCACACAUCGAAGAAGAAGAGCUUGGAUCCCAUCUCGGUGGCUGCUGUGCCGCACAGCGCUGGAGGGAGGGAGACCUGGAGUGAGCUUGCUGUAGCUCACAGCUCCUACUGCGCUCUCUGCUAGCUCAGUUGUUGGUGUCCCCCGUUCCUGGACUUUGCUUGAUGGGGAUCUCUGCUGCGGGAGCAGUCUCUGCACUCAAAGGCGGGCGAGCAGGGAUAGGAGAGGUGGCCUCUAGAUGCUGGAAGGGCCAUUUGUGUAAGGCCCUGGCCGAAGACCUCUCCUGGAACAGCUGCUGGCUGUAGGCCCACCAAGCCGAGGGUCAGGAGAGCCUCCCUGCAGCAUGUCUUCCAAGCCGGAGCAGAAGGACUCCCACCAGGCCAACGGGGCUGUGCUCCCCACGGUGCCCAUGAACUGCCUUGCCAGUCCAGACCGAGGGCAGCUGGUGGAGCCCUCGGAUUUCCUGGGACCUGACGGUGUCGGGGUGGAAGUGGUGGUGUUGGAGUCCCGCGCCAACGCUAAAGGGGUGCGAGAAGAAGACGCCCUGCUGGAAAACGGCAGCCAGAGCAACGAAAGCGAUGACACCAGCACAGACAGAGGUCCUGAGCCAGCCUCACCGCUCAAGGAGACCUCGUUUUCCAUUGGGCUGCAAGUCCUCUUUCCGUUCCUCCUGGCAGGCUUCGGGACAGUUGCUGCUGGAAUGGUGCUGGACAUCGUGCAGCACUGGGACGUCUUCAAGUAUGUGACAGAGGUGUUUAUCUUGGUGCCCGCGCUGCUGGGCCUGAAGGGGAACCUGGAGAUGACUCUGGCAUCUCGCCUGUCGACAGCUGCUAAUAUUGGCCAAAUGGAUACACCCAAAGAGCUCUGGAAGAUGAUAACAGGGAACAUGGCGCUGAUACAGGUUCAGGCUACCGUGGUCGGCUUCCUGGCCUCAAUUGCAGCGGUGAUAUUUGGAUGGAUCCCAGAUGGGCACUUCAGCCUUGACCAUGCUGUGCUGCUUUGUGCCAGCAGCGUGGCUACUGCCUUCAUUGCUUCGCUUGUUCUGGGCAUGAUCAUGAUUGGGGUCAUCAUCGGAUCCAGGAAGAUGGGGAUCAAUCCUGAUAAUGUAGCCACACCAAUUGCUGCCAGCCUAGGGGAUCUCAUCACCCUAGCUCUGCUUUCAGGAAUCAGCUGGGGCUUGUACAAAGAGCUGGAGAGCAAGGCAUAUGUGAAUCCUCUGGUGUGCGCCUUCUUCAUAGCUCUGCUGCCCAUCUGGAUCAUCAUUGCCAAGAAGAACGCGGCGACACGGGAGGUGCUGUACUCCGGCUGGGAGCCUGUCAUUAUCGCGAUGGCAAUUAGCAGUGUUGGCGGUUUAAUUUUGGACAGAACGGUCUCAGAUCCAAACUUUGCUGGGAUGGCUGUCUUCACACCAGUUAUUAAUGGUGUGGGUGGCAACCUGGUGGCAGUGCAGGCUAGUCGCAUCUCCACUUACCUGCACAUGAGUGGGAUGCCUGGAGAGAGCUCCGAAACAGCCCCUCGCAAGUGUCCCAGCCCUUGCAGCACUUUCUUCAGCUCAGAUGUGAAUUCCCGCUCUGCCCGUGUGCUCUUUCUCCUGGUGGUGCCUGGACACUUGGUGUUUCUGUACACCAUCUCCUCCAUGCAAGGAGGACACACUACGCUCACCCUGAUUUUCAUAGUCUUCUACAUGACAGCUGCGCUUCUCCAGGUCCUCAUUCUUCUGUAUAUCGCCGACUGGAUGGUGCACUGGAUGUGGGGCAGGGACCUCGAUCCUGACAACUUCUCCAUCCCCUACUUGACAGCGCUGGGGGACCUGAUCGGAACAGGUCUCCUUGCUCUCAGCUUUCACAUCCUCUGGCUCAUCGGUGACCGGGACUCCGAUGUGGGAGACUAGCUCUCCCUGCCGCCCCUCCCCGUCUCACAGCUCGCCUCCUCCACUGAUUUUGUUGUUUCUUUUCCUCCACCUUCCUUUCCUUUACUUCCUCCCCCCGUCUCUCUCGAGACUUCAUCUUUGAUACUGGAUUCUCAUUAUUUUCAAUGGGAAUUUUAUGUGGUUUAUAUUUCAAGCCAACUUUGUACAGAAAAUAAAUCUAGUUUUAGGAAGGACAAAAAAGUGUAAUGAGACAAUCACCAAGUGCAAUUUCAUAGCCGUUGUCUGAAGCGAUGUUACAGUGAAGAUACUGACCCCUCAGAUCAUACGUGUAGGAAGCCCGCCCUGCGCAUGUCACUAGAGGUGAAGGGUUGCUUUUUUCGCUUCAUAAGCGUCUCAAAUGUUGGAGGUAAGGUUCAGAUUUAUUUUACUGAGCAGGCACCUUCUAGCAGAGUACACCUUGUGGACGAGGGCAUGGAGUUACCUCCUUUCCUCUCUACCCUGUCACCUUCCUCCCUCCUGUUUGCUUUCUGAAUCCCUCCUGUGCCUGGCCUCCAAAGCACACAGAGGGAUUAGUGAAGGUAGUGAGGAAGCAUCCUCCGUACCAAAAUGCCCGUUCCUGUGUGCCCACAAAGAAAGUGAGCGACUGCAGAGCCCUGAGAUCUGGCUGUGAGCAGGCUGCUCUCUGCUGACAGAUUUAGGCUCCCUUUGCCAACCAUCUGGCAGCAUCUGCAUCUCAGAGACUGCAAACUGCUCGUGCACCAAGCUUCAGCUCCUGCUGCAUGCAAACUGAUGUGCUCUGCGCUUUGCUGAAGAUGCUGUGAGCUCUCCCAUCCAUCUUCCUCCCCUUCCUCCUGCCAGUGCUCUGCGGGAAGAUCUGCUGGAACCGUGGUGGGUGCCAGCCUCUCCUUUGUGCUGGUAUGGGCACUGCGAUAUUCUUCUGACAGUCUGCACAGUUCAGUUGGCUUUUCUUUUUGGGUGGAUGGAAAAAUAAAUCCUAUUUUGUGCAUUAAGGCUUUCUUUCAGCUGCUGCGUGCUGCUGACGGGCCCAUUGCAGCUGGGAAGAAGCCACUCAGUACCUUUCCCUGCAGAGCCUGAGGCAUUUCAGACUUGGGAGCGUUAGGAUGCUGGUGUCCCUUGGAAAACCACUUCUGCGUUCGGCUGCUGGUGUUCUCUGUGGGUGUAGGAACCAGCUGGAAAACAUCUCAGUGGGUGCACUCUGACUUCUGAAGCCCUGGGUUCUUAGUGCAGCUCUGUACUGGCCCGUAGAAAAGGAACCUGCUUGUCCUUGAGUAGGCCCGCGAAAUCUGCAGUCAGUGACAGCCCAGCACGUGAGCACUGGCCGAGCACUGCGAGCGCAGGGUUCCCUGCUCAGUUUUCCCACCUCCUUUUUGUGCUGUUCAGCUGGGCGAUGGCUGAGGCACCUUCUGUUGCUCUGCUUGUGCAGCCUGGAAGGACUCGCGUGCAAUAGUGAGUGAAAACCUGUUCUGGCUGCGUGACCAAGGUAUUUGUAAAUGAUCCUCCUGAACGCUGUUGGCACUUGGUGCUUUCUACUUUUCCCAUCUGGAUAUAAAUCAAUUCAGUAAACUGAGUGCAGUUUGAUGUAAGCGGGUCUUAUUGACUUGGAAACUUCACUCAGUUACACCGAGUUUAAAUGAUGUGCUGAAGCAGACAGCGCUAUUAAACAGCCUCUAAUGCAUGAACAUAAAUUGAAUGCAUGGGAGCAAGCUCUUAACAUCUGUCAAGGAUGGGAAAAAUACAGUAUCCCAUGGAACUUAACUUCAGUACUGUGGUACCCAAAGCUUGGGGAGCUGCCAGCAUGCCCUCAAACUCUAGGGAGAUGCCUACAGCAUUCAGCAUAGUAGCACCUUGCAUCCCGAUCCUGAAAUAACAGCAAAAGCUCUCAUUUUAGUUAGCUCUGAAGGCCUGGAGCACUGCAGUCCUGCUCUGGGCACUGCCUGUCCUGGUUAUUCGCAGGCCCAGACUGUAACCUGAAAGCUGUUGAAUUUGUGCCUGCCUGUAGGCUGCUGCUUCUCUUUUGUGCUUAAGCAUGCUCCUCACAGCAGAACGCAGCCAUCCUUGCUUGGCUUAAUUUCCUCAGUUCGGUUAACUUCUGCAUUUCUCGUACAGGCCUUACUGAAACCAACACUUGUCUUCUCCUUCUGGUUUUCCAUCCCAGCAGUGCUGGGCAUCUCUGUGCUGGAAAACGGUGCAAUGUGGUGCUGGGGAUGCUGAGCUUCAUCCGAAAUAAGGCCGGGUUGGAAGAUUUGUUUGUUACUGUGGACAGCACAGGAACUAGCUGAGCUUUACAGCUUCCUGCCCAAGUGCAGACCGCUUUUCUUUCUAGAUAAGGAACAAUGCAGUAACAGCACGUCCCAGCCCAGAGCCCUGCUUGCAGAGUUGGUCCUUCCUCUGAAGACAAGCAUGCUGGAAAGGGAGCUCAGGGUUAGUGCGUGGGAAGCCAGUGCUGCAAAGCCCCAGAAGCAGCAGUAUCUAAAUCAAAUGUAGUCGGGCUCUUGUGCACUCUAGAGAGAUUGCUGAGGGACCACUCGUAGUAGAAGAAUCCUUUUGUGCUUCAGUGUGUGAGUGUGCUUCAGUGUGUGAGCACAGAGUUCUCCCUUCUCUACUGGCUUAGCUGUUUGCAGCGGUCAGCAGGCAGAGAGCUGGCCCUUGCCCCAUCAGGCUGCCCGCUCUCAGACCCUAAGAAGAGCAGGCGAUAGAUUUUUGAAAGAUUAGAAAGAUUCCCCUUUCUACCUUGCUGAUGUAGGGCUUGCUUUCUCCUUCUCCAUCUUUGCAGCAUAUUGCUUGCGGCAGUAGCUCGGAACCUCGUACUCUUCACCCUAGUGACUUGGCUUCUCAUAGGUCUAAUUUGGCCACGGCUCUGUUUAAAAAACAAACAGAAAAACACCAAACAACCAAAAUCUCACACCCACGUACGGAAGUCUCAGCCCAGAGACUUCUGGAGUACCCUCUGCUGCUCACCUGAUUUCUCUGCCUAAUGUUGAGGAAUAGAUAUGAGAUUUCCUUCCAUUAACAUGUAAGCUUUUACAUAUAUAUAUAUAAUAUAUGAAACUCUGCCGGUCUUUUGUGUGUCACAUCGCUAUUUAGUUCCCCAAGAAAGGAUUUGUGCCCGAGGAAGAAUCUGCUGCUCGUGGUCUCCUGUAAGAUGCAGAGACCCAGAGGUGAUGAAGAGCUGUCAUGCUGCUGGGAUUGGUGGUGCCUGUAAAAUUCGUAUAAGGUGGGGUGAAUAGAUCAGGGAAGAAUCUAACUUAAAAUUUCAGAAUGUUGAUGGACAAAAUGUUUUCCCACCAGUUGCACUCAAAUGCAUGCCUACUAUACAGCUGACUGCAAAUGAAAAAUCCUGGUUUACUCUUUUUAUUAAAGGAAAAAGACUGUCUUAAUUAUUUAUAGUUCCUAUAACUGAAUUGACAGAUGUCAACUUAACUGAUAAAUUAUAUUUCGUUAAAUAAAGAUGACAUUUAUUUA